CAGCGUCCUCACAAUCUGAAAACGCACUUGAGUCCGUUUGGUCUUUUGACUUCGGCCGACAGCAACAACAGAUGCGUUGGGAAACUUCAACAACAUGUUUUCCAAAAAGACAUGGCGACAGAUUGAUCAGAGUGUGUCCACGGCAGAUUUCGGGGACUUGAUUGAGUUUGUGAACCCGCUGCUGGGAUUGUCUCUUUGGGGGAUUUAUGUUGGUGAAGGCUGGGUUAUCCAUUUUGGGGUGGGAGACGAGAACAUGACACAAAAGGCCUGCCGCAGCUUCCUUCAGCAGAUGGUUCCAAAGUCGAGCACUGACCGUGUUCUGAAGAAGACCAGAGUCUGCACACAGCGCGUUGCAGAUAUCGAACUGCCUCCAGGAACUCGAAUCAGGGUCAACAACAACAAACACAACCUGGUUCCGUCAACACAGGAGAUGAUGAGGCAUCGCUCGGACACUUUUCUGCUGCAGGAGUUCAAAUACGACCUGAUGAACUUCAACAGUGAGCAUUUCGCCACAUUCGUCCGGUACGGCCACGCUGUGUGCAACCAGAUUCCCUUAAAGACCAAGAAUGAGGCGCAUGUGGACACAACUCAGACUCUGCAAAUGAUAAUGCAGCAACGGAUGGAGACAGAAACUUGAGAUAUGUGUGUCUGCCGCACAAACUUUGUUCAUGAGGCAAAAUAAAAUA